GUGCCGGUGCCGGUGCCGCCGGCCCUCGGGCGGCUCGGCCCUCGCGCCGUCCCUCCCGCGGGGGUGAGGCCGGGCCGUGCCGUGCCGUAGCAACCGGGCGGUGUCCGGGCUCACAGCGGCAUCGAGCGCGGCCGGGCAGGCGGCGGUGAGGCCGGGGCUGGAGGCAGGUUUAAGAAUAAAGCAAAGAGGAGCUUCCAGUCAAGAGAUCUGUCAUGACUGCUAAUCCGUCUAAGAGACUUGCCUGGAGUGACUCAGGUUUUGAUUCAAAGCACAGACAAGAUACUGAAGAUUCCCACAAGGUCCACAAGAAAAAAUCCAAAGAGAAGAAAAGGAGACUAGCAGUUGGUCAGUGGAGAACAGACGUACAGUCCCUUGUUUCUUCUUCUAAAUGGCUUCAGUGUUAUGGUCUCAAAAGAAACAAAUUGUCUCUGUCCCAGAUUUUGUCCCAGAUUGGAUUCCAGCACAGGAAAGAUUAUGUGACCACCUUGGGGAAACCUGUGGCUUCUCGAUAUGCAGAUGGUCUGUUUCCUCAAUACAAGAGAGCACAGGAUGGCAGCGUGUAUAAUCUGACAGCAAAAAAAGAACUGAUUCUUCAUUUUGUGGAUUGUCUAAUUGGAGCUAUUGAGCUAUAUAAGCAGCGAAUGGAAUGGUUAACCAGUGAGAGCCGGCAGAUAUUUGGAGUGAUUCAAGAACACUGCAUUGUCAUUGUGUUGGAUUUUGGCACUGCAGCUCCAACUGAAUUUGAUCUGUGUCGGGAUGCACUUUCUAUGGUGCUUGUGGAACAGGUGAUACAAAUUUCCAGAUUCAACCUCAUUCGGGCUGCUCAGGAUCUUAUGAAGUGGCAACAGAAAUGUACUCGUGUGUCUGCGCAUACUGUAAAGUCUGCAGUUACGUGGCUCUGGAAGCUGGACCAUAUGACAGCUGUCAGCCACACCAGCUCUGCUGAGGCUCUGCUGGAAGCCAUGGGUGAUGAAGCGGUUGAAGCUGUUUAUUACUUUGCUGUGGGGGAUGUUCCAGUGGACGCAAAGCAGCUACUCCUCGAGAAGGUUUCAGAUGGCUCCUGUCCAGUCAACACAGUGUCUUUCAAUGCUAGGGAAGAUGAAACGAUUAUUUUUCUGAAGGAGUUGAGCCAUUUGACCUCUGGCAGAUUCCAUGCUUUUGCUGAGAAGAAUAACUGUAGAGAUGCUACUGGACCUGCACUAAAAUAUGAAGAGGAUGGAAAAAGAUUAACUGCCCUGAACUCUGGAAAAGUAAAAGGGCAAAUGCCACAAGUAGCUGGUGUCCGUGAAGAUGUGUUUUUGAUCUGGAAGGAGCUGGAGGAAGCUAGGAGUACAGUGAGACAGGUUCAGGAAAUGUUAUCAGAGUCUGACCAGUCUGCUUCUCAGGAAGCAAACAAAGGUGAUAAUCCCUUAUCAAAAGAUAUAACUGACAAAUAUUUGACUUCUGAGAAAUGGUUGCAGAAGUAUGGCUUGAAAGCUCAGAAGCUCACACUGUACGAGGCACUUGCUGAUAGUGUUUUUCGCCAUGUAGAUGGACCUGUUGACAUAAAAACUAAACCAGAAGAUGAAUGUUCACAAACUGAUGCUGAGACAAAGAGGAAGAUAAUUCAUGCAAGAUACUGUGACAAGUUUGUACAUACCCUCUGGAAAGAUGGAUCUGUAGUUCAUGUACAUGUUACAACAGAAAAGUAUAAGCAGUAUGAAAAGAAAAUGAGGACAGCUCUCAGACAAAUGGAAGGAAGGAUUAAGUGGCUUCAACAAGGAAGCAGAGGGCUUUUUGGGAAUGUGUUUGAAGAUGAUGUCUAUAUUCUUAUUGAUACAUCCCAGUCUAUGAACAACAAGCUGCCACUAGUGAAGGAAAAACUAUUUCAGCUAAUGCAGGAACAACUGAGACACAAGAAGAGAUUUAACUUCGUGAAAUUUAGUGCCCAAGCAGUGGCAUGGCAGGAGAAACUUGUUGAAGUUAAUGAGGAAAAUUUGCAAGAUGCUUGGCUUUGGAUAAAAGGGCUUGAGGUUGGAAGUUCCACAAAUACACUCAAAGCUCUCCAGAUUGCUCUUGCUGAUAAUGACACUCAGGCUAUUUAUCUCUUGACUGAUGGGAGACCUGACCAGCCCCCCGAGAUAAUUUUGGCUGAAGUCCAACUUCACUGUAAAAUUCCCAUCCAUACUGUAUCCUUCAACUAUGAUGAUAUAGAAGCCAAUAAAUUUUUGUAUGAACUAUCUACUAAAACAGAGGGACGGUUUCAUUAUUACAAUAUUUAUUUGAGUGAUCCUGAUACUACAGAGUUUAUUGUUAAUAAAGACAUACAUCUUUUGAAAAGAGAAAUUAACCAAGGAGAGAAAGAUCUAGAGAAAGUGAAGACCUUUCUUGAGAAAAGCCUGAUGAUGAAUUCUUAUAGUGAAGAAAAUUAUCCAGAGAAGAAGAGCAGGCCGUGCUGUGCUUCAGAAGAACCAUCAGUGCCAUCACAUGAGCAAACCAGGCAAAGCACUGCUGCCAGUGCAGCUCAAAGAAAGAAAGCAUUACAUGCAGAUCAAACAAAGACAAGUCUGCUGCAAAUCCAGAACAGUGAUGUGAAAUCUAGGGAAGAAAGCCCAGAGGAAGGACUGUCACCAGAGGAAAAGAGUUUUUCUGUCAAAAACGGUGUGAAAUGUACAACCAUUUUCAAAGGCAAGUUGACCGAACAAGAAGCUCCAACUGGGGAAGAUGAUCUGAAAAUGCAGAAUGUGAAAGAGGCAUCUAAAAGCUCUCUAGAUGUUUCUUCUUCAGCUCUUUGGUUAAAGACCCAUGGCUUGGCUGCUAGGCGACUCACCAUCAUGGAUGCCUUAGCUCCUACAACUGUCCUUCACAGUACAAAAUACAUCCCAGUUCUGGACAAGCAUGUUGUUUCUAAAGUAUUUGAGAAGAUGUUACCAUUGGCCCAUGUUAGCAGUGACAAGAAGGGGAUUGCACUAAUUAAUCCUUGGGCAGUGAAUCUUGAGACCUAUAAAAAGAAGUUGGAGCACGCAAUUAAAUCCUAUGAGAGGCGCCUGAACCUAGUUAUUUGGAGAGCACUAUCUCAGGAGGAAAGAGACAAAUUUAAAGAGGAUGGGCCAGUCCAAUAUAUACAGCAUAAAGAAACUUUGCUGGAGGCUUUAGAGAAUUUGGGAUGGCCAGUUUCCUAUGAAGAUGUAAAAUUGUUAGAAGAUGAGAUAUUGACAGCAUUAACAUAUAUACAACAAGCCUCUGAUCUUCAGGAAACUGUCAAAAAGGAAAUUGAGAAAAGCUCAGAAUCACACAUAAGCAACAAUAAAAAGAGACUUGAAGAAGAGAGUGGGAAGGUGAAGUCUAAGACAAGACAAAAAUGUCAAAUCUUUGUGACUCACAAAGGCCAAAAGCUAAUUGCAAGAUCUGAUAUCACAGGAUUUUAUUAUCCAGGAACUGUGAUAAAGAAUAUUAGUUCUACCUGUGUACUUGUUGACUUCAGCAAUGGGAAGAGCUGUUGUGUCCCUGUCAAGUUCACUAUACCUGUGGGAGGUGCUCUUCCAUGCCCACAUCUGCAGGUUGGAGACUAUGUGUUUGCCAGAAUUGGGACACGGGCAGAAAAUGCAUGUUAUGUUCCUGCCAUUGUCAUAGCAACACCAGAGAGGGUGGAGACAGGUGACAAACUCUACACAGUACUGCUGUUCAACAACAGGAAGGAACACUGUAUAAGAAGCGAGCUCAUUAAAAUCAGCCAAACCAACUAUGCCUAUUCCUGUCAGUACAUAAGAAUGAUGCAAACAGUGCAUUAUGAGAUCCUGGAUCGUGAGACUACAGAGCCCUGCUCUUGCCCACCUGUGGAAGAUGAAGAAGAAGAAGCAAAGAAAAGUAUAGUAAAAGAAAAGAGGAGGAGAAAGAAAAAGAAGAGGACAACAGUAGACAAAAGGCAUCCUAGGGAGACAAUGUCAGACUUGGAUAAUCUUUUGUCUCCAGAAGUGAAGUAAAGCAGUGAGGAAGAAUUUCACUGUCUAGAAGUAAGGAGGAAUUUAGAGUGUUCAUUGAGGUGUCAAACUGCAGUUGUUGAGAGCUUCACCUUCCAGCCCACUGAAGUCUCCCUGAUGCUUGCACAGUGCAGCUGUAGGAAAUUCUCCAGAGCCAGGUAAAAGCAGCACCCCCAGGGUUGUUGGAGUCAGCAUGGAGCAGCGAGGGGGGACAGGACAGCCUCAGCACCGCUGCACAGAGCAAAGGCAGCCACAAGAAGGGUGCAGGAGGAAAGAGCAUGGGAGGAAUGGAUGAAGCUGCAGAUAAGAAAGGUUUUAACACUGUAACAGUGAAAUUUUAGUUCUUUAAUAAAAAAUAAACUUAUGAAUGAAUAUUAAA